AUGAACUCUAACCAGCCAGAGCUGGUUUUGUACCACUUGUCUCUGAAAAGACCGUCUGCAAGUGUCAAAUCUGUAAUUGGAAGUUUUACUGGGCAUAAAAGCAAACAGGAGCUCAUUGUUGCCCUCCACUCUUCAUUAAUUGUCUAUAGUUUGGAUACAGAAACGGGACAACUGCAUAAAGAGCGUGAACACGAGCUGUUCUGCAUUGUGCAGAAUAUUGCAAAGUUUAGAAUACCCGGAUCCAUACAGCAUUGCCUUAUAAUAACCUCAGAUAGUGGAAAUAUCACGCUGACAAGAUUGAACGAGAAGAUCGAAUUUGAGAGCUUGGUCAACCAUCCGCUGACUAAGACUGGAUUGAGAAGGCUAAAUCCAUCCUGCUACAUUGCAGUGGAUCCAAAGAAUAGAAGUUUUAUGCUCUGUGCCUUGGAGAAAAACAAAAUGAUAACGGUUCUCAAUAGGAACUCGGAAGAUAACACCAUUAAAAUAUCGUCACCAUUGGAGGCCAAUAUUAGCAAGGUUGUAACCUUUUAUACGUGUGCAUUGGAUGUGGGUUACGACAAUCCUUUAACCGCUACAAUAGAAUGCAACUAUGAUUCUCCCACGAAGAAAUACCUCUCGUACUAUGAAUUAGAUCUGGGAUUGAACCAUGUUGUGAAAAAAUACACUGAGGAAAUUCCUUUCAAGAGCAAUUUCUUGAUUUCAAUUCCCCGAGAUGCAGAAGGCCCGUCUGGACUGCUCCUUUGCUCUCAAGGUAUCAUCCAGUUCAAGUUUCUCAACAAAAGGACUCACUGUUUGCCCAUUCCUAAGCGAAAAAACCAGAAAGAGCUCAGUUACAUAAUAAAUGGAGAAUGCCACAAGAUGAAAAAUUCAUUCUUCUUCUUGCUUCAAAGUGAUCUAGGAGACAUCUUUAAGGUUUCUGUUACAUAUCAAGAGGUCCAAGACGAUACCUAUGACACGAAAGAAGUGAGUAGUAUUGAAAUCAAAUACUUUGAUUCUCUCCCCGUGUGUUUGGACCUGCAUAUUUUCAAAUCUGGGUUUCUGUUUGCAGACACUGAAACUGGAGAUAAGUAUUUGUAUCAGUUUGAAAAGCUGGGUGACGACGAUGAUGGUACCAUUUGGAGUUCAGAAAACUAUCCGGACGAGGAAUCCGUCUAUGAGGAUCACCAUAUUUACUUUGACACCAAGGAGUUAGAUAAUUUAUCUCUGGUGUAUAUACUAGAUUGCCUGAAUCCAAUCACUGAUGGCUUACUAGACCAAGAAAAGUCUCAGUUGGUGUUGACAUCUGGUGGCAGCAGUCGGAGCUCGUUGAAGCUACUAAAACACGAACUAGCCAUCAACGAACUAGCAUCUUCUGAAUUACCGGGAAGUGCCCUCAAUAUUUUUACUACUAAAGUUUCGCACAAAGAUCAAUACGACAAAUACAUGGUUAUUAGCUUUAUUGAUGGGACACUGGUACUCAGUAUCGGGGAAUCUGUUGAUGAGGUGUCUGAUUCAGGGUUAGAGCUUCAGGUAUCUACAAUCGCUGUGCAGCAGGUUGGAAGAAAUUCAUUAGCCCAGGUUCAUUCACAUGGAAUAGUGCAUUUAAAGGGUUUGAACGAACCAAGUUUUGAAAAAAGUUUAUGGCAACCACCUGUAGGGGCUGAGAUUCUUGUUGCUUCGAUGACAAAUUCGCAGAUAGCUCUUGGUCUGAGUAACAGAGAAUUGGUAUACUUCGAAAUUGACGAAUAUGAUCAGCUGAUCGAACACAAAGAAAGGAAAGAAAUGUCAGGUAGGAUUUCAGCGCUUUCUCUGGGCCAAAUUCCAGAUGGUCGACUGAGAUCCCCUUUUUUAGCGGUGGGUUGCAACGACAUGACCAUCAAAAUACUCAGCACGGAUCCUAAUUCCUGUCUAGAGGUGCUCUCCUUGCAAGCUCUAUCUUCAAUCCCUUCUGAUCUUCAAAUCACAAACCUUGAACAAGGUGCUGGAUAUUUUGUUCACAUAGGACUGGACAGCGGUAUUUAUAUUCGAACUCUUCUCAACCGUAUAUCAGGGCAGUUGAGUGAUACAAGAGUAAAUUAUCUUGGACCAAAACGAGUGUCUUUAUCUCCAGUUAAAAUAUUUGGAAAGAACUUGGUUCUUGCUUUCUCGGAUACCUCAUAUCUCAGUUAUAAUUCCGGGUUUGAUGCCAAGAUAACACCUUUAUGUGACGGAAAGUUUACCUAUGGCUGUGGUUUUAUUAGUGAGGAGUGUCCUGAAAAUGGAGUUGUCGGAGUAUCUGCAGAAAACCUUACGAUUUUCACAAUUGAUCAACUUGAUACCGAUAUGAACGUUAAAGAUAUUCCAUUAACUUUUACACCUAGAAGGAUCACCCUCGUUUCAGAGGAUGUAGUAGUUGUUACAGAGUCCCAGCAUUACACUAAGAAUCCAUAUUUGAACUCCGUUGCCACAGAAGAAUCACGAGAACUGUAUCAACAGAUAGGUUACGAAAAGUCUUCUCAUUGGAGCUCUGUGAUUGAGACAGUUGAUAUUCAGAGCCAGCAAGUAAUCCAAGCUAUAAAUCUGGAUAAGGAAUUGGCUAUUUUUGGAAGCACUAAAGUCAGUUUUGCGUCUCACCCAGAUGAGGUGUACUUCAUCGUGUCAUGCUCUGUUGAGCAAGAGUUACUUCCCAACAUCAACAAAGGAACGCAACUAAGGACAUACAAGAUUACAGAAGAGGGCCUACAAUUUCUGCACAGCACAGAAACGGACCAACUAGUUUAUUCUUUAACGGAAUUUCAAGGGAAGCUAUUGGCGGGAGUAGGAAACCUUCUGGUUUUGUAUGAUCUGGGAUUGAAAAAAUUGCUCAAGAAAUCCCUUACCCAAACCAGUUUUCAUCAAAUAACUAGCAUUGAUUAUCAGGGAUUUAGAAUUGUCAUUUCAGACAUGAAACAAUCUUCAAUGUUUCUAUCCUUUAAUGCUGAAGAAAACCGUUUUAUUUCCCUAUGUGACGAUAUUACUCAAAGACACAUUACCUGCUCCAAAAUGUUGGACUAUUCUACCGUAGUCACUGGUGACCGAUUUGGAACUAUUUCCGUAUUGAGAUGCCCUGAAAAGGUCAAUAAAGAUCAUCUUGAUUACAUUGAAGCAAAAUCCAAAAUGAUAGGAGAAUGCCCGUUUAAACUGAAGCAAUUAGCAAGUUACUACGUUCAAGAUGUGGUUACAAGUUUAUCCAGAGGCAGUUUAACUGUAGGUGGGAAACAGUCUAUUAUCUACACAGGCCUACAGGGUACAAUCGGUAUCUUGUCUCCAAUUCAGACACCUUCAGAUAUAGACUUUUUCGUCUCUUUGGAGGACUCUCUACGGCAAGAACUGUUGAAAUCCAAGCACCUUCUAACAGGAAGAAGCCACUUGAAAUAUCGAGGUUACUAUGUUCCAGCUCAGGGUGUGGUGGAUGGUGAUCUAAUACAAUAUUUCUACCAAUUGCCAGACUCAACGAAACAGUUCAUUUCUACCAAACUUGACAGGAGCACACUGGAGAUUGAGAGAAAGAUCUCCAUAAUGAGAUCUUUGGUCGCCCUUUAA